AUGCCGCGGUGGCCCGGUGAGGAGCCGGCGGGCUCGGAGGAGGCGGAGGCGCCGCCGGCCGAUGGCGCCUUCCCGCCGCCGCCGCUGCCGCGGCAGCCGCCCUGCGGCCCGGGCGAGCUGAAGCCCGUGCGGCGCUUCGUCCCGGACUCGUGGAAAAGCUUCUUCAGGGGGAAGCGCCGCGGCGGCGGCGGCUCCGGCUGGGGCAGCGCCGCCUCCGACAUCAAGUUCGUCUCGGAGGGCGCGGAGUGCUCGCCGCCGCCCUCGCCGCCGCCGGCCGCCGGCUCCUGGCCGCCUGGCGGCGGCUGGCGGCGCGCCGAGGGCGAGGCGGCGCUGCCCGGCGAGGCCAUGCUGCCCGGCGGGGCGGCGCUGCCCGGCGAGGCGGCGGCGGGCGGCGGGGCGGCGGCGGGCGGCGGGGCGCGCUACGCCUACAUGAAGUCCUGGGCCGGGCUGCUGAGGGCGCUGUGCGCGGCGGAGCUGCUGCUGGGCGCCGCCGUCUUCGCCUGCGUCUCGGCCUACGUGCACAAGGACAACGAGUGGUACAACGUGUUCGGGUACUCGCAGCCCUACGGCCUCGCGGCUGGCGGCGCCUACGGCGGCUACUACUACGGCGGGCCCAAAACGCCGUUCGUGCUGGUGGCGGCGGCGGCGGCGUGGAUAGCCACCAUCGUGCUGCUGGUGCUCGGCAUGUCCGGGUACUACCGCACGGUCCUGCUGGACUCGAGCUGGUGGCCCCUGACCGAGUUCGGGGUUAACGUGGCCCUGUUCUUCCUGUACAUGGCGGCGGCCAUCGUGUACGUGAACGACGCCAACCGCGGCGGGCUCUGCUACUACCAGCUGUUUCAGACGCCGAUCAACGCGACCUUCUGCCGCGUAGAAGGAGGUCAGAUAGCGGCGAUAAUCUUCCUGUUCGUCACCGUGGUGCUCUACUUAAUCAGCGCGGUGGUCUCCCUGAAGUUAUGGAGGCACGAAGGAGCCAGGAGGCACCGCGAGCGCACGGCGCGGGAGAUGAAAACACAGUCGUCUUUACCAGAAAAGAAGUAUGAAAGCAUUGACAGUGCAGGAGAAGAGAUCACUUACAGGCAGCUUAAAUCAGUGGAAGAGAAACCUGAACAACUUAAUGGUCAUAUACCUGCAGGCCACAUUCCUAAACCUAUAGUGAUGCCAGACUACUUAGCGAAAUACCCAGCAAUUCAAACAAAUGAAAUGCGAGACCGAUACAAAGCAGUAUUCAAUGAUCAGUUUGCUGAAUAUAAAGAGCUAUCAGGGGAAAUUCAUGCUGUAUUAAAGAAGUUUGAUGAGCUAGAUGCUUUGAUGAGAAAACUGCCUUAUAAUCCCGGAAGUAUAUAUGAACAGGAAAGGAUAUCAAGAGUUUUGCAGGAAUACAAGAAGAAAAAAAAUGAUCCUACGUUUCUAGAGAAAAAGGAGCGUUGUGAAUACCUGAAGAAUAAGCUUUCUCACAUAAAACAACGAAUUCAGGACUAUGAUAAAGUUAUGAAUUGGAAUGUACAAGUUUAGCAUUGCCUUGACUAAGGGGAUCCUAUUUUAUAUUUUUUUAAACAGAAAUGUGUUUUUUUAAGUAUUUAUUUACUCUCAGAAUUUCCUGUGGGAAAAGCAGUUACUUUCUUAAUCACUUUGUCACUUACUGUGCAUUUCUGAUAGGUUUUGCAUACAGAUCCAAUAUAAUGAAGUUACCAGAUGAAUUUAGAAAAUUUGUGUUAGUAUUCUGCUUUUAUUAGUGCACAGCCAGUUCUUACAUAUGCAUACUUUUCUAUUUGCAAGUAUUGUAUUGUCUACCAGAGAAAGCAGUUCUAAACACCACACACAUGCUGUAACAAUUUUAGACUUUAUAUAUAGGCCGUAUGAUAUCAGAAAAGAGCUGAGCUGAUAUUACUGACUGGGGUUUGUUGAGUACCUAACUAUUUUGAAUAGUUUUGACAAGUCAGAACUGAGUUUAAUAAGACUAUUUGCAUCUUCAUAUGCUCUGCUGUAUGUCAGAAAUCAUUGGGAAUUUUACUUAAAAGAGCUACAAAAUAAGUUCCCAUGUAAGCAAGUGUAGCACCAUGGGUUUUUGUCUUUGUUUUUGUUUUUAAUGUUCCUCUGUAGAGGUGAUGUAAUUAAUUUAUAUUUGACCAUAAAGGAACAUAGAUGGAGGAUUAGGCCAUGUCAGUAUUCCACGAGUAUUGCCAAAGACUGGUGUGCUCUGCGUAGUUUUUUUGGAUAAUCUUGAUGGGAAUCUGUGGGCCUAAAAGAAAAAGGUUUUCUUCUUCAUGAGCAAGGAACAAGACUUUUUGUUUAGGAUUAUUUUAAGGUUACCUAAUUGCAGCUGAUUGUGAACUCAGAGAUGAAGUGGAAGAAAAUUAAUUCCCAAUCAGAGUACCAAUAAAGGAUCUUCUAUAAGGCCAGGUAAAAUGUGUUGUUGAUAGAUAUGCUUUCUAGACGUUCUGUAAAAAUUUGUGUAAUAUAUCAUGGGAUAAAUAAGUUUGCAUGUGCGAAUGCUCUCAUAAAUAUGAAAAAUUACGUAAAAAGAAUUUCCUUAUCCUUUAUUUUAUUAUUUUAUUUUUUUUUUUACUGAUUGGAAUGGUUGGAAGCAUCGAUAGCCAUUUCUUUGUACAGUUUUCUAUAACUGCUGUU